AUGGAUGAAGAAACCCUUGAGGCAGCCAUCGCCACCUAUGGUGCCCAGCUGCAGCAGGUGGAGAUGGCCCUGUCGGCGGGCCUGGACCCCUCUCAGCAGUCAGACCUGCUCAAGCUGCAGGAGGACCUUCGUCAGCUCAUAGAGCUCACAGAGGCCAGCCUGGUGUCCGUCAGAAAGAGCCAGCUUUUAGCCAGCCUCGAGGAGAGCAACGGACAUCAGGCAGACCCCUCGGAGGCAGCCACUGACUCAGGCACUGCAAACGGCAGAUUGGACAGUGAAUUCAGUGCCUUUUACAGCGAGCUGGCAGAGUGUUCAGGCAGUAGUACUGACACUAGAAAGAGGGGGAGGGAGAGGGAAACCAGGGUGGAGGAUGAUGAUGAUGACGAUGAUGGUGACGAGGAGGACGAAGAGGAACAAGAAGAUGCGCUCAGUGGUACCAAAGUAAGAGCACCCUACAGGACGGCAUGGGGGACACUGGAGUAUCACAAUGCCAUGGUGGUGGGGGCAGAGCCGCCGGACGGAGAGGAGGCACAGGUGAGGGUGCUGUACGUCUACCCCACCCAGAAGUCGUUGAAGCCCUGUCCGUUCUAUCUGGAGGACAAAUGUCGCUUCCAGGACAGUUGCAGGUUCUCCCACGGUCACGUGGUUUACGUGUCAGAGCUCAGAGAAUUCCUGGAACCGGACCUCAGUAAUCUCCAAGAGGGCUCGUCCUGCCUGGCCCGGCACGAGGACGGGAUCUGGUACCCGGCCAAAAUUACAGAAAUUGACAACGGUUUCUAUACUGUGAAGUUUGACUCGCUGCUGCUGAAAGACGCCCUGGUAGAGGCCGAUGGCGUCAUCCCCCCGCUGAGAGAAGACGACGCGCUGUCCUCUGACUCUGAUCAGGAUGACGCACAAGACGGGGACACAGCUUAUGCCAGAGUUUUUGACACGGCUGCUGCAGAAUCCAUGGCACAGACAAACACCUCUAAUUUUGGCGGCUGGGAGGCACAUACCAGAGGCAUCGGCUCCAAACUUAUGCUCAAAAUGGGCUAUGAAUAUGGGAAAGGUUUGGGAAAGCUGCAGGAGGGCCGCGUGGAGCCCGUGAUGGCAGUGAUCCUACCCAAAGGUAAGUCUCUGGACCAGUGCGCCGAGUUCACUCAGAAACGGACCCAGAGCAAGGCCGCCAAGGACGGCACCCAGACAGGCCACAAAAAGAGGAGCAGAAAGCCUCGAGUCGGGCCCACCGGGGGGCGCCAUAACGUCUUUGACUUUCUCAACCGAAAGCUGGGAGACAGCAGGACUGAUCCUCUGGAGGGGGGUGCUGCCGUGCCUUCAGCAGCAGCCGGGGUGGACGCUUACAGGGGGGGCAAAAGCAUCAAGAGGAGUUUGAACGUGAAGCUCUUCCAGGCUGCUGAACGGGUGGCUCAGACAGAGAGGGAGAUCCAAAGACUGACUGAGUCACUGGCCAGACAAGGAGGCAGGGAUGCAGCCCUGGUGAAGCAGCUGGAAGAGAGGCUGUCAGCGGCCCGUAGGCUGCUGGCCCAGCAGAAAGCCCAGGAACUGUCCAUCCAGAGAGAGCACAAGAAGGCUGACACACACAAGAAAAUGACUGAGUUUUAACCUCAGCUCUCAAAGACUUCGGGGAUUAUGGAAAACACUGAAAAAGAACUCUUGUCCCUUGCCUAUUGUUGGUCAUUUGCUGCACCAUUUUAUUUUUUAAAUAUUUUUUUUAUUAUUAAUCUUGACUGGCAACAUCCAUUUGUAUUUUAGCAUGUAUGAGUUUCAUCCAGUUUCACUGAAGCAGCCUUUAAUAUUAUGGUUUCAAGUUCUAAGGUUCACACCAAUGUAAACCUAUUCUAUAGUUUGAGUUUAUUUUCAGGGUUUUCAUGCUGUCAUUGAAAUUUUCCUUUGCAAUUAUACACCAUGAACAAUUAAAGUCCAGUGUGAAGUAAUGUUUUACCACCUCCACUGAAUUUCAGAUUUCUUUUAGAGGCAGCUGUAAUGCUUAGUAAACCCUGGCUUGGA